CAUUAAAAAUGGCGGCGCCCAUGGACAACGAAAUAUCGCCCCCAAUAUCAGAAAAUACUGCCACUGCCAGCCGACGAACCGUUGUUCAUGCAAGAGAACCUGAAGGCAAUCGUUUCCAGAGAUGCGUUGACUUCAUUGACGAAAAUCUACGACUUUUUAGGACCGGCGUCACUGUAACCGCUGCCCUGGGUGUGUUGUUAAUUGCCAGAAGCAUCCGUGUGUAUCAGCGAUUCCAAAGCGUGUCGGACAUUCCGGAGGAGUUCGUCCGCAAAAACGUGAAGCUGUACGGCCGCUUUAUCGAGGUGAAAGAGGACCCAGUCCACAUCGUCGUGCGGCACACGCCCAUCUUAGACCUUCAGAAAUGGCCGAGAAAACAAGACAGGGAUGGCCUCAGUGGGCUGCCGGUACAUCUCGCCGGCCUAGAGCUACAGGACGGAUGCAAGGAGUACCUAAGAGGAAGACUUACCGCUCAAGUCACGUUACGCUUCCACGUGCUUGACGUGAACAAAGAAAAUGGUCUUGACUGCAUUGUAGACCUCGUGCAGUGGAAGUUUCCCUUCAGAAGGACUUCCUUGAAUGAAGAACUUCUGAGCCAAGGUCUUGCCAAAGUUACACCUCUCCCUGGUCUUUUGGAUCAACGGCUACAGACAAGACUAACACAACAACUUCUUGCAGCCGAGCUGCGGGCAGAGAAGAAGUCCCGAGGGGUGUGGUUGCAGGAGCGUGAGCCCAGCCGGCUGGCAGUGGCUAAGGACCGGCUGGCUCGGGCAGGAGCAGCACUCGCAUCAGGGGUGACCGUCUUGGGGAAAUUUGCAACCCUUCCAUGGAGAGCCAUCAGGGAUCUACAAGGCAUUUGGAGGAGACAACGUGACAGGGACAGCUGAUGAGAUGCAGAUCAGUCUGAAAUCUGUCAAGAUGAAAAAUGGAACAUGUCAAGCUCAGUUGUUUGUCUGUCAUUAUUCCUUCCAUUCUGCACCCACUCAAGGCUGCACAGCAGCUGCUCAUAUGUACACCUGGACAUUGCAAGAAGUGAGGGCCACGCCCCCCCUGAACAAAAGAACUUGCAAAACCAAGAAGAGGGGAAAAAGGUUAAAACAGGUCAUUACAUUGAAAACACCUCUGAUUCAACCCCUUUAUAAGGGCAAGUUUUUUUUAAUUUGCUGCAGAUGAAUGUUUUGCCCCCUCCUGGUACAUCCUAACAGGGCGCACCCAUGUGCGUGUAGUUUGCUGCCCUCAACGGUUUGUGCACAAAUCAGAUGCCGCUCAGUCAGACGUAGUGACCGUCAAGACAAAGAAUGGAUUGUGCAGAGAGCCACUAAAAAUGCAGGGGUUUGAGAAUUCAGUCUUUUAGCUGUUUGCACCUUUUUUGUUGAGAUGUUGACCCUGCAUUUCAGCUUUUUGUUCACCUGGAACUUUUUACCUUUCAGCUUUUUGCCAGCUGUUCUCAGCCAAAAUUGCCAAAAUUUGCCAAAUAUCGUUCAUGUUCAUUGUAGUUAGAAUUUAACGAGCCUCGCUCCCUUUUCAAGUCAAAAAUGUAAACGUGGCUUGAAAUUGAAUAUACUUAGGAUCGCUAAAACUAGGAGUGGCCCAACUAACUUGUCCAUCACAUGCUACAGCUAGCUACGGUAGCCACUGCCAUGCACAAAGCCGUUCAAUAUUGGAAGCUUGAUAAACUCGUGUUGGGACUGAUUUGUGCCAGCGUGUUUCUAUGAAACAGUUUUAUCUUUACUCCACUUAUUCCCACAAAAAACACUGAACCAAUACUCUUAUUGGUGAAAGACUCGGAGUCGUCCAGACAUUGGAUGAACAAAUACAGGAUAGGAUUAAAUGCAUGUUCGGUGUGUAAAAAAUAAACAGUGUGAAGGAGACAUCGA